CUGUUGGGCCCUGGAGCUCAAUAAAGUCUAAAUCAGGGCAGUCACGGUGGAGCUUAUCUACUGCUCAUAUGGUGGCAAAACGUCAGUCUCAAGUAGUCAGUGGGAUGAUACUUUCAAAUAACCAAUGAGAAGCAAGAACAUAGGCAAUGUAUUUACAGUGCCAAAAUUGAAACCAUUGAUUUUGCUGUUUUUCAAUGCAUUAUUGGCCAAAAGCUUUAUUUGUGACUUUCUUUUUGUUGUGCCUAUCUGGGACUCAACAACUCUACUAUAAGUUCACUUGAAUCCAGGGAUUGCUGCACAACUCCAGAGGAUUGCCCCAUCAUUAAACACCACAGAUGAUGUGCAUAUAUGUGGAGGCUGCAAGCAGAGUUUUCCAGACAUAAAUUUAUUUGUUGAACACAAGCAUGCAGGAUGUGCAGUGUCAUCUCAGAACCCUUUAUCUGUUAUGGGCAUAUCACUUGAUCAAUCAGCUCUGAAUUAUAUCUCCAGCAGUCGAGACAGCAGUGUGUCUAACCCUACAUCACAGUAUUUCAGAGUUAUUCUCAAUGGCAAUAACGUACCAUUGCAUCUGCAGAGUGGUCCCUGUGAACAAGAGUCUCUCCAGCCAUUGCUUGUCACUCCAUACAAAAAAUCAUCAGCUGCUACAUCAGAUCAGCAUGAUUUUAGUGUGGAAUCGUGUAGUACUCAGAACUCUGUCAUACAGCCACCAAAGAAACUACAGAAGUCCAAGCAAGUUGACAGAACAGUACAUACAAAGUCAUUAUCUACUGAUGAAACUGUUCCUGUAAAUGCUGCAGAUGGAAGUGUUCCUAUAAAUGGUACAGAUAUUUCUUGUCAUGAACAGGGCACACUGCUGAACCUUGGCAUUGAGGAAAACGUUUUCAGUGUGCAAGAAAAAGUAACAACAGAACUGGAAAGUAUUGAAAUACCACAAAAUAGCUGUGAGAUCAUAAUACCAUCGGAUCCAUUAGACAACGUCAGUGAUGAAAGUUCCAAAAGUUAUAAAAAUAAUCCUGUUAGUAGAACAAGUAAACUGUUAUGUCAGUCAGGCACCAUUUGUACAAAACAAAAUGACUGUCAAGAAUUAGAGCGAGAAGGGACCAUCAUUAUUCAUAAUGACUCUGAUGUGGUUUUGGUAGAGGACUACCAGACAUUAAGUGAGAAUAACAUAAACAGUGCUCCUGAUCCAUCCUCAGUGUAUUCAGAUCGUACAAAAAAGAAACAUGCAUGUCCUGUUGUUAACUGUAAAUUUACAACACCAUAUCCAAAGGACCUGGUGAGGCAUAUGCGAAAACAUACAGGUGAAAGGCCAUUUCAGUGUGAAUCUUGUAAAAGAACAUACAGCCGAAUUGAUAAGCUGCGAGCACAUCAGCACAUUCAUUUUGGGGAAAAAUGUCAUAAAUGUCAAGUGUGUGACUAUGCUACUGUGGAUAAAGGCAGUCUGAAAAAGCACAUGAGGAUUCAUAAUGAUGAAAGACCCUACAAAUGCCAGAUCUGCCCCUAUCGCUCAAAGCGUUCAUGUCACCUAACUGUUCACUUAAGAACUCAUACAGGUGAUCAUCCAUUUGUCUGUGUAUAUGAGUCCUGCAUGUCUGCCUUCAAGACAAGUUCUGACCUGAAGAGACACAUUCGUAUGCAUACUGGUGAGAGACCAUAUGCUUGUGAUAUCUGUGACUAUCGAUGUUCAAUUAAAUCUAAUCUCGGUGUUCAUAUGCGCAUAAAUCAUUCAACAGAAAACUUAAUCCCAUGUACAGUUUGCAACCAUGUGUCUGUGUCUGAAGCAGCAGCUAGAGAACAUGAGAAAAUUCAUUCAGGAGAUUCUCAGCUGGCAACCUCAACAACUCAACCCCAGAAAAAAGAUAUUACUACGAGGAAGAACGUAGGAGGUAGCGCAAGAAGCCAUAUAAGGAAAAAGAAUUCUAACUCAAAGUCUCAUAAGAAACUCAAAGGAAAGGAUACUUGUAAGAUGACAGGCUCAGAACGCACAAAAUGUUCAACUGCAGUGAAACCGUAUUGUGUUAAAGCUCACAAGUGUACAUUAUGUGAUGCAGCGUUUGUGCGUGAGGAUUCAUGGAGGAGUCAUAUGCGUCAGCACCAAAACCAAGGAGCGUAUCUGGGAAUAGUUAACGAUAGUGAAACCCUAGCAUCUGUACAUUCCAUUGCUGCAAACAGUGAAAAGGCCCUUCCGCUAGAAAAUGAGCUUGAGGCUUCCAGAAGUUCAACAGUUGAAUCUAAACAGACUGUAGUUGCUGUAUCUGUUAUUGAGAGUAAUGUAGAAGAAAGGGAGGUGAGCUUGACAACAAAUGGCUCAAUAACAACAGAUAAUGGAGUAUUAACAGAAAGUAAUGUUCUUGCAACAAAUGAAUCUACUGGUACAAAUUUGCAGACUACAGGGGAUGGCUGUAACUUGUCUUUCACAUCGCAUUUGCGAGAUAAGGCUACAAAGAAUCAACACGUUGAAGUUGAUGUGAGUAGUGUACUAGGAAAUGAUGCUCUCCAAACUCAGCCUGUAUUUCUAUAUGUUCAAAACGAAGCUCUUGUUGAAGAAAGUACUGUUGUUGAGGGUUUUCAUAAUACUCAGUUCUUUUGACUGAAAGAUGUGGAUAGUGUAUUUCUGCUUUAUCAUACCAAAGUUAUUUGGUGCACCAAAUUAUGAGCAUCCCUCUCAUGUGAUAUUUAAUAUGUUUUUAAAGUGUAAUUGAUAUUCUUACAGAUGAACAUGACACAUCCAUUAAGACUGGUAGGAACAAUAGAAGAAAAUAAGUAAUUUAUUGUGUACAGAGGGUCAAAAAUUGUGGAAGACUAAUUACACAGAAAAGGACAAUAAUUAAUCAUCUGUUCCACAAAACAAUGUGAUUAUGUUUUGUGACUGUCACUCUUAUUUUUCAUCAUUCCAUGAGUAAAAGUUCAUUUGUUUUGCUGUUGCAAUAGCUGUUUCAUUACAGUGUAUCUCAGAAAUUAUUGUAUGUGUGUUAUCUGUUCAAAUGAUGCUUCAUUGUAUGUAAAGGCAUUGAAACUGGUAUUU